AUGGCCAGGGCCCCCUCUGUUGCUAGUACCAGUAAUCCCCCCCCCCCUCCCCCCCAUCCGUCACCCAGCCCUCCCCCCAAUGCUGUGUCACCCAAGCCCAAGCUGAGGGCUUCUGGGGGCAAAACUAUUUACUGGGAGAGGUAUACCCAUCUUACCAGAGAGCUGCUGGCUUGGCUAUGGGACAAUCCAGCAGAUCAUGCCAUCCUAUUCAACAAGAAGAGAGAUCAGAGUGCCCUGGGGAAUGCAAGGUCCCAUGCCCAUCACAAAAAAGAGAUCAAUGGUGUUAUCACUGAAGUGAUCUUCUCCAAAGAUCUCAUAUAUGGGACAGUUUAUGCAACCCAGACUGAGAGGUUUGCUUCAGCAGUUGGUAGCCACCUGGCAAGGUUUAAGUUCACUGGUGAAGGCAUUGAUCCUAACAAUCCAGCUUAUUCCAAUCUUCUGGGUACAUACCAUGGUCCUUCUCCUCUGUACACCAUGUGGCUGGUCUCAUACACAGUUUUUAUUUUAGAGGAAGUUGUUGCAGAGUUCCCAUUCUGGGAGGAAUGCAAUUGCAUGUGGCAUGGGAACCCUACUUAUGAUGCAAGAUUAUUCAAUCCAGCUCCUGGCACAAACUGGAUGGGUGACUUUCUUCCCAUUGUGUAUCAGGGUGGCACUACUGUGACUGCAACUCCUAUAGUCACUGAUAUGCAAGUCCAACAAUUGACCAACUGGAACAAUACAAUGGAAGGGGGUGAUCUGGAAGUUGAACCUUUUCAGAGUUUUAUGCUAAUCAACCCUCAGGGUACUUCUGGAGCUUUCACAGGUGAAGGCACAAGUAUCAAUGACUUUUCUAUGGGUGUGAUGGAGUGGGGGGAGGAUGAGGAUGAAGAGGGGGAGAUAUAUGAGGGAAGGGGGCCUGGGGAACACCCUCAGCCUGUUGGUUCUACCCAUAUGAUAUUGCCAUUCAACAAGCCUGGCUGUCAAACACUGUCAUGGGACAACCAUUCAGCAUUCUGGAUGUCUCCAUAUGCCAGAUCCCCCCCCUCUGUUAUCACUGCAUCUACAACAACCUCUGCUGUCAGUGAUGGUGCUAGCUGGCACCAGGUGGCAAGCUCUGAGACCUUUCAAAUGAAGGGGAAAAACAUGCUUACUCAGCUCAAGGCAGAUUUCAAUGAGCAGUUUGGUGCACUCAAGACUGAAUGCAAAGUCAUCAAGACCCAGGCCUAUAUGCAUGUCAAGGAGAUAGCUCAUUUGGAAGUGGAGGGUGAGAAGGAACACAGGGAAGCUGAGAAGAUCCAUAAGCAUUUUAUGGAGAGACAAAAGUUACACAUACAAUAG